AUGGCUCCGCCACCAGUGUCUUUCCCUGGCUUCAGUGCGAUAUCAGAUCGCGUCUAUCUGCGCGACGGGCACGAAAAGGCCAAGCCUGCCCCUCCGAAUGAGCCCACCACUAUAGUUAUCUUUGGCUGGGGCGACGGCCUCCCCAAAUACGUUUCCAAGUACUCCGAUGGCUACCACGAGCUAUAUCCAUCUGCUCGAAUCGUGGUGGUUCUUUCUAAAACAUUCCACGCCUCAAACCAGCCCGAGGAGCAACGCAUCGAGGCCAUGAUGCCGGUCGUGGAUACCGUGUUCCCGACACCGACUGGCAGUGGCGCCGACGAGCGAGUCCUACUCCAUUGCAUGUCCAAUACUGGCGGGAUCUUCCUUGCUGCCACAUUCGCCGCUUAUCAGCGCCGACAUGGCACCGAUAAAAAGCUUCCUCACCAGCUGUUAGUUUGCGACUCCACGCCUGGGAGUCUAGACUUCUCGUCUCAAGUUGGCCGCUGGUCCCGGGCGAUGGCGGUUGGAACUGCCAAGCACUUCCCCUGGCCAUUUUUCAUCACCCAUGGCUUCUGGUAUGCGUUUCUGUGGGCGAAUUAUCUGUGGGAACUCAUGCGUGCAGCUGAGCCUUCGGGACACUGGGCGAUGCGGAUCAUGAAUGAUAAGUCUGUUGUACCAGUUGAGCCUCCAAGGCUUUACCUGUAUUCUAAAGAAGAUGAGAUCAUCUGGUGGGAGGACUUGGAGGAGAUUGUGGCCCAGGUCAAGAUGGAAGGAUUCCAGGUUGACAUGGAGAUGUUCGAGGGCUCUUCGCAUGUUGGCCAUAUGCGGCUGCAUCCCGAGCAAUAUUGGAACAAAAUCUUUGCGUCCUAUACUGGGCAGAGUUGCUGCCAUUUAGCUGGAUUCUGCUUCCCGUUGGUCCCGCCCCGCAGACUUCACUCCGCGAUCUCCGUCCGGCUCUCUAUGGCGUCCUCGAGUUCAGUCGAUGCCCUGGCAAGCGCCCUGGUUGCUCGAUUCCUGCGAUCCAAUAAUUAUACAGAGACCUUGAAUGCGUUUGUUCGGGAGGCUGACCUCCCUCCAGACGUGGGGAGUGCCUCCGGCGAUGACACCCACAACUGGUCUAUCCAGAGCCUGAUAGAGGAGAAGAAGAAAUUCGAUCAUAGUGUGAGCUUCGAGAGAUAUGGGCAGGAGGAUGAAGGGAGCGACCUCUGGACCGUGCCUGCACCGUCCAAGCCAACUGUCGUCAAAACAUCCACAGCAUCAAACGUUCUUUCUGCAUCAGUAGAUCUGUGGCAGAACCUUCGGGAUGAUGCGAACGAGCUCAUUCCUCUACAGCCGGUUGUCAUCUCCACAGGCGCUGAUAGACAAGUGCAUGUACUGGACACUGCUCCGGGUCAUGCGAGACUGACAUCUCUUAUCGGAGUAUCCGAUUCCCCCGUGCUAUCAUAUGCGUCGGUCCUCGAUGGCCGCUUUGUUUUGAUGGCUAACAUGUCCGGGCGCCUGCUCCUUCAGCAGGGGUCUCGCGUCCUUGACAACAGAAAAGAUCAUGGAAAAUAUGUCGUGAGGAUUGUCGCCCACGAGGAGAAGACUGAGUCGGGUUCAACUAUUCUGUGGGUUGCUACCGCUGGAUGGGAUGCCAAGGUUUUCUUAUACAGAAUCGAGAUACCGGAUGGCGCAUUUGAAACAGCAUCUCUGGCUAUCGGAGAGCCCGUGGCGCAGAUCAAGUUAUCCACGAACCCAGAGUCGCUGUUAUUUGUACGCCAUCCCGACUCGGGAGAGCUCGUGUUACUUGUUUCACGUCGAGACUCGACAUACAUCUACUACUACCAGGCCAAGCCGGGCCCAACCUCGAUUGAUCAACCAGCCACUCCACCAGAGUGCUCCCCUCUAGGCAGACAGAAUUUGGCUCCUCACUCCAAUGCCUGGGUUGCAUUCUCCCCAGCAUUCAUGGCUCUCAGCCCGCGUGAUCCUGGGCUAUUAGCUGUUGCCACUUCUACGCUUCCACACCUGAAGGUAAUGGUGGUCCGCCUCUUAUUUCCCUCGACGGAAUUGCUGGGGGGAUCGAAUGUGCCUACUGCCGAUGGUAUGACACAGGCAACCCAAGCCUUGGCAGCAUUGGCAAUUCAGAAUCGCGAGGAUUCCGCUAUUGUCCUGCAGGCGAAUACAUUUGCCCCGCAAACAGCAUAUUCCACGCCGCAAGUGGCUUGGAGACCUGAUGGCUCUGGGCUCUGGGUCAAUGGGGACGAUGGAGUGAUCCGAGGUGUUGAGACGAAGACCGGCAAGCUUAUUACAAUUCUGAAAAACGGACAUGAGCCAGCCUGUAAAGUUCGGACGAUCUGGGCGGGAUACGUGGAUGUACCUGGUGACAACGCUGCUUCGGUGCGAGAGGAAUGGGUCAUUAGCGGCGGUUUCGAUAAGCAAUUAGUCAUAUGGAAAGUGUGA